GUAAACGUUCAAAGGUUACGGUAAUACGUUAAUUACUUCUUUCGGUAUGCUCAAUUUCAGUGGUUACAGAACCAUAGGUCGUGCGGCCUAAAUAGAGCACCAAAUCCUUAGCUGAAAAGUAUAUUACACACAUCAAGACAAGCUCUGUGUGCAGGAGAUCACCCUCUCCAACUCGCCUUUAGCAGCAGUUCUACUGCACUGGACUUCGGAUUCCUCCGUAAGCCCAAUACCGCACGAGGAUGUCGAGGAUUUCCCAAAAGUCCACCCUUGAAGAAGACGGCUUUGAAGAAGUGGAACCAGGUGACGACACUACAACGCAGCCUCAGGCAGCAGCCUCAGGCAACACCGCCACAAGCUCCUGCCACCACCACAGCCCACCAGCUACAGCCAUGCCAGCCGACUAACUUUUCUCUUCCUUACAAGUGCCCCCUGCAUGUAGCUUUGGGACAAGGCAUGCCUCCUCCCGCAAGCGAGGACUUGUGGGACUGCCAAGCGCUGCCUUUUUUAAGCGACCUGCUGAUUGGCUUCGUUGUGGGCAUAAGCACUGGCGUGGCUUGGGCUAGGAGGAGCAACCUUUUUAGCGCAAGCCGUCCUCCGGUUGGCCCAACAAGUAGCGAAGCAGCACAGAGACCGAGCGGUGAAGCACCUUCGCCAACUCUUCCUGACGACGUUGUGGCAAGGGUCGAGACUAAUCCCAAGACAGCCGCUAACACUGCUGCGAACGGUGAUCCACCAGCUGAGCGUGGUUGUGCCCGCGCUGAGUACAGCGAGGGUAGCAGCACCUGGAACUGCGGGAAGUGCAAUGACGGGAUAGGGGAGGUAUCAACUAGCAAUCCAUGUGAUCCAUCCCCAAUAACUAAGCGCACCGUGAGGGUUGCAGCACCCGCCGACAGUGGUGCUGUUGUCGAGGGCAGUGGUGACAACUUGACUGCUUCGGCUUGUGGGCCUUCUGCCACUUCUUCCGCUGCCGUACAACCGUCUGUUGUAGCACCAGCGGAUAGCGACGUCAGAACCCCGUGGCGGCAGCGGCCUGCCCCUCUCGAUGUGGCUGCCACACCGGUUGGAGCUGCCAGCGGCGGCCAGACACCUCUUCCUGCGGAGACCAGCUGCACCACACCCUCUUCUUGGCGUCGAUCCCCGCUGGCUUCUCCGACAGGAGGGCAUCAUCAGUGCGGCGGCAUCGCUGAUGGCUAUGCUAGCCGGUCGUGCGGACAGGCCCGCCGAUCGCGCCACCCUGACGGAAUUCGCUGCGGAGCUGCGGCAACGUCAGUGUCACGACCCCAGGCGGCGCCGUACGGUCACAUCCGAUGAGGGCACUGCGCCAGCACCCAUCAUGCGCCUCCUGACCCAAGACAAAGCGGACGAGCCGCUGAUGACCCAUGCGUCCAAGCCGCCGCUCGCACCCGCCGGCAGUGCACUGGGCUAUGCCGGCAGGUCAGCAGGCGCUGCACCUUCGUCCUCAGCCGUGUCCAGGUCGUCUGGGGAUGGGGACCAUGGAUGGCUGCAGCUGCAGCAGCCCGGCGCGCUGGGACCCAUCACCUGCUCCAGCGCCCUCCAAGGCCAGUUUCGGCUGGCGACGCUAGCUGAAGAGGCGGAGGCUUGCUCCCACCAGCAUUAUGCCAUGAUGCAGCGAGGCAUGGCGGGAGAUCCGCAGUUACAGCAGCAGGCGAUCGUGAUGGCACACACGCUCUAUGGUGCAGCGGGGGUAGUGUGCAGGUGAUGGGUGGUUCGUCACGGCUUCACUAGCAGCCUCCCAGUCGGGUUGCUUCCUGCUUUGUCUCCCUCGAACCACGUGUUCCUCUCAUUGUCAGAUACAAGCACUACUGUCCCUUUUCGCAACCUGACAUGUUUGCUAGCAUCCGUCUACGUUUGUGUACCUUGAGAAUGCUGCAAGGCAGCAUAACUUGACACCCAUGUUUGACCGGGUGAAGUUCUGUAUGUAAUCCGGCGCCACUGGUUACGCGGCUCAGCAUAGCCAGCCAAGCAGCAUGAGCGUCACCGUUAACGAGUGAGCGGUACAUAGCGUGCAGUGCUGCGCAUUUGCUGGGCGAACGUACUGCAUUCAUGUGGUAUGCAAAUGAAGGACGUGGAAGCGUAUCAGGGUGCAGUUGGUGACGGGUGAUGUCUAGAUUGCAAUUAAUCGCUGCCAGCUCAAGCGGAGUUUAGGCUAAGUUACAUUGCAGAGGAAGGCGUUUAGGAAGCGUUUAUACUUGUAGAAGGGCAACGCCAGGCGCAUAUGCGAAUGGUGAAUGGUUAGCAC